CGGAGCAUGAGUGCAACUGGUCUUUCACCUCAUGUGGUCUUCAGAAUUUUUAAACUUUAUAUAUAUAAUAUUGGUCUAAUAUAAAAGAUCUUAAAUGUUAUAAAAUGUGGUAUAUUUUUUAAAAAGUUGGAGUAAAAAUACAAAAGAUAUAACUAUUUAAAGAAAAGGGGGAUUCUUUUUAAAUCUUAGGUUCCCACCUUCUUUUCUCUACUGCGCUAUGAUUGUAUGCCUUCCUAGGCAAGCUUUCCAUGAAUAUAUGUCUUCCCACGCAACUAGGCAAGCUUUCUGUGUUUUGAGGCAAAGUCGUCAUUCAUUUGUCGUUUUUGUUGACCGUAGUUCAAUACAAAAGUAUAUUGAUAAAUAAUUUUAACCUGACAGCAAUUUCGUAAAUAAUUGCUUUUGGCAUUAAUUUAGAAAAACUCCUAUUAUUACUCUUAUUAUUACUAUUAUUUUAUUUGAUAGAGUACAUACAUGGACUUUGACCUCCGAUUUGCCGAUUAUUGGAUUGGGCAACUUACUCACGUACACCUAGCAGACAAUAUUUAUAUUGAAAAAUGUUUGAUGUAUCCUUUUUGAUGUAGACCUUUUAUAUAUACUCAUCUGUCUCACGCACACAUAGUUGUCUGUUUACAGACAACUCAGUAGGACCAUCUGUCGAGUUGUCUGUAAACAGGCAACUCUGUGUGUUUGAGACAGAUGAAUGUACGAAAGGUGCACACAUAAACCUAGCACAACUCAUUUAUAUUAUUCUACAAUUUACACAUCCAUUUGCAUGUACAAGAUUAACAUUUUAUAUAGUUGGAUCUAUGGAGUCCAUAUUAGUGACCCGACUGACUAUUUUCUCUAUAUAUAUUCUUUACCGGUGAGCGUAGCUCAACUGGUAGCGAGGGAGUGCCACAAGGAUUAGAUCUCGGGUUUGAAUCCCGGCAACUGUGAUAAGGGGUACUAUGCUGAAAAAUGCAUAAGGCCUUUGCAAGUAUCGGGGACGGAGUCUCACUCUUUAUCUAUCAGGUUGUGAUUAUAGUCCAACUUACAUCCUCCCAUCGUGCUGUCCGGUCGGUGUUGGGCUCAGGGAUGGGGUAUCAUCCUCCAUAUAUAUUCUUUAGGGAAAACUGUCAAAUAAGCCCCCCUACUACCCUAAAAAAGUCAAUUGAACCCCCCAACUAAAAAAACACUCAAUUAAACCCACAAACUCCAAAAAAAAAUCAAAUUAGCCUUUUAACCUGUAAGCUUCCGGUUACCCGGUGAACUCUAAUAUGUGGCUUUUAAAUUUAAUUUUUCUUUUUCUUUUUCUGUUUCCCACCCACUUUUCUUUUUUCUCUGUUUUUCUUUGUCUGUCUUUCCCCAGUGAAGAAGACAAGAUGAGUAGAUGACUAGCGACUAUGAAGAUGGCAGCAGCCAGUUGGUGACCAAAUUCGUGCCCCUGCCGUCCAACGCACAUCGGAACCACCUCAUCUCCGGCGGUGGUUUCUUUCUUUCUUUCUUUAUUUCUUUUUCUUUCCCCAUUGAUGAAGACCACCAACGAGCAGCAGGUGUUAAGAUCCACCGGCGGGACAGAUCUGUGCCAGCGACCGUCCAACGAGCAACCCUGAGCGACCACCCCUUUCCGGCGAUAGCGAAAGUCAAACGCAAGCUCGUCUCCAACGCUAUUCGCCGUCUCCGCCGUUCACCGUCUCCAUGAUAGAACCAGAACUUGUCUGCAACGCCUGUGGGCUAUAGAGGCAAGAAGUGGAGCUGCGCAGGUUGCUGGCCAGAUACGUGAGAGAGAACAAAAAGAAAAGAGGAUUUUUUUUAAGGCCACCUCACAUGACACAUGAGCAGUUUACCGGGAACUGGGAAGCCACCUGCUAAAGGGCCAAUUUGACAUUUUUUUUUGAGUUUAUGGGUUUGAUUGGGUGUUUUUUAAGUUGGGGGGUUUGAUUGACUUUUUUGGAGUAGUAGGGGGGCCUAUUUGACUGUUUUCCCUAUUCUUUAUGAGGUACUCCGUACAUUGUAACCCUAAUUUUCAUACUCAUUCAUUACAACACAUCAACCUCCUUCAUUUCUGGUCUCAAAUCUCAAUCUCCAAGCAUCAUCUCCUACGGCAUCAAAUGAUGCUUUCAUGGACAGAUUUGAACACAAUCAUGUUGAUUCCUCCUGAAAAAUAUAGAAAUUCAUCUUAAUCAUGAAUAAAAUAACCCAAAAACGGCCUGACAAUUAAACAAGUUGCGUCGCCCCACUUCUGGUCCCGCACCGGUACCCCUGCCGCCGGUUAGCCGCCAUCACCACGAAUCUCUCCAGCCACCGUGAUCCGCCGACUGUUGUUUCCAGGCCGGGAUCUCCACCUUCUGGAUCUGGAAAAGGCAAGUCGCAGCAGCUCGCCCUAGCCUCCACCAAGUCGGGAUCUUCACCUCCACCGGACCUCGGUGUACAGCGACGGCACCCGCAACUCGCUCGAGCCUCCACCAAGUCGCAGCACCGCCGCUCGUUUCUUCCAACUCAGUUCCGACGCCGCUGCAGGCCGCUCCUUUCCGUUUGGCGACGGCCCUGGACGAUUGUCGUUCCUUCUUCCCCAGCGACGACCAUGGAGACCCGUCAGGCACGAGCUUCGAGAACAUCCCCUCUCUGUCCGGCGGUAGCCAGAUCCGGGUUCUCUCUUCUCCGGAUGAAGCUAAUAAGGCUGGGAGUCUGGGACCUUCUCCCCUUCCCUUUGGUCGACACUCUCAGGCAGCCAUAAGGAUGGGUGGGCUGAGGCUGCUUCAACUAAAGCAAAGACUGAUUCUCACCAUGGGCCGCAAAUGCAGCAACACACCCAAGACUUCAGCUCAC